CGUGGUGCCCUGGGGGGGGGGGCAACUUCCGGCGCGGGUACGGGUCGGCGCACGCGGUCUCGGUUCGGUUGACUUUGCGGAGCCAUGGAGGGUGGCUUCGGCUCGGACUUCGGGAGCUCCGGCGGCGGCAAACUGGACCCGGGGCUCAUCAUGGAGCAGGUGAAGGUGCAGAUCGCCGUGGCUAACGCGCAGGAGCUGCUGCAGAGGAUGACGGACAAGUGCUUCCGGAAGUGCAUCGGGAAGCCGGGGGGCUCCCUGGACAAUUCGGAGCAGAAGUGUAUCGCCAUGUGCAUGGACCGCUACAUGGACGCCUGGAACACCGUGUCCCGCGCCUACAACUCGCGGCUACAGCGGGAGCGAGCCAACAUGUGACCCCCCCCCCCCCCGCGCCGCGUCCGGCCCCGCGGGCUCCCGGCAGGCCCCCACCCCAACCCCCUUUUCCGUUUCCAUAAAGGCCCUUUGUGAAGCGGGGGCCCGCCUGUGCAUCCUGCCUGCCCGUGGUUCCUGAGGACGAGACCGGUGCCGCCACACUGGGGUCGUCGCUCCCUCGGGUCGUGGGGGGCCCUGGGACUUCCCAGAUUGCAGGCGGCGCGGCCCCUGCGGGGUCCAGGCUCACCGUGCACCUGGGGCGGAGAAUCCGCCCUGGGACCUGGGGGCAUAGUCAGGCCCCACCUGGCUGUGGCCACCUGAAGGUGGGGGCCAAUAAGGGAGGUGCGGAGAGCACCCGAUCGGUGUUCCCUGGAGGGGGUCUCUGCGGGAGGUGGCCCGGCGUGUUCCCGGGUCCCCUGACCGGCCUGCGCCUCUUUACCCUCUGUGCCCCUGGUUUCCAAUGACCAUGACCGGGAGCCGGUUGCUCACGCGAAAAGCAGCUUGGAGAGGAGGCUUGGCCAGACCCCCCCCCCCCCCCCCCCAGCUCCGGCGCCAAAGACGGAGGGUAGUCUUGCCCCGGGGAGGCCUUGCUGCCCCUUCCCCGCACCUCCCAUAUCUGGGCCCCGGGUGAGCAGCAGCCGAACGGUCCCUGCUGUGAUACGGAGGUGCUGAGCCAGCAGGCUAGGGACAAGGGGCUGUUUAUUGGAUCCAAAUAAGCAGCAAACGUGCACCCGGUUACCCGCAGCCCCCUAGCCCCCCGCCCGCCCACCACCUAGACUCUCCUCCUCGGGCAGAGGGGCCAGCCGGUUCCUGGCGCCGUCACCUCUGGUCCCGGGCGUGUGCAGCCACGUGCUGGCGGUCACUCCUGGAUGUUCUGCCCGAUCCAGCCUCUGACGGCAGCCACCCGAGUAUAGACCCCUGGGAAGUGGGGCCGCCCGCAGCCGUACCCCCAGCUGGUGACCCCAGUUAGCACCCACCGGCCAGAGGGCUCCCUGCAGGCCAGGGGUCCCCCGGCGUCGCCCUGAGGGAAGGAGAGGAAAGGCCUUAAGAGCAGGCCACUACCUCCCCCAUAGCAGCCCUUGGGCCCGGGUCCUUUUCCUCUAGAGCUUAUUUUCUGGGGAAGGGGUUCUAGGUUAGGAUGACCCGUUCAUGCAGACAUUCAUGGACACUCGGUAUUUCCCCCGGGCUGAAUGGGGGCCUCACGCGGCAGUCACUGCCCAGCCCACGUCCCCAUCCCGCCGGUGCCGGGCCGGGGAGGGGGGCGGGGGAUGCCGAGGCGCCGAAACCGGCUCAUAAUGGAUGCCCAAUAAACGGUGGUCGAGUGAAAAUUC